CCUCAGGUGCUACACAUUUCUUAUCUGUCAUCGAAUUUUUUAUUGUUCGGCGACCUGUAGAUACACUGCGGGUCAUCAACAUGGCUUCUGUGAGACUGUGUGUCGCUGUCCUCACAAUUUUACUUUCCUCUGAGACUUUGGUGGAUCCAGUUUCUAGCGGUAGCGAGCGACUGGAGAGGAGUGACGACCCCCAGCCUCUCGCAGCUGUUGUCGAGAAUCUCGCGAGUAGAGUGGCUACACUGGAGGCAAGCAACACAGAAAUGCAGAGCGAACUCGCUGUGCUGAGAGCAAAACGAUGUGAGUCAGGUGUGGUAGGAUUCGCCCCGCACGCGCAGCCCAACGUCAUCGCUUCCAACGGCGGCCAGUCGCGAACUCACAGGGUCCACAUCAACUUCGCGCGACCCUUCGCCUCCACACCCUGGGUGUCCCUCGGCAUGAGUGAGGUCGACGAGUACAACACCGCCAACCUCAGGAUCGUCCUCGGGGUCGAUGCAGUCUCCACUUCCGGAUUCGACGCGCAUGCGUAUGAGUGGGGCGACACAAACGUCGUUAGUGUAACGGCUUUCUGGGUCGCUUGUAACGUCUGAAUGACGACAAUGACGAUGGCGGCAACGAGCGAUCGUUGAUGAUUGCCUGGCCACGCCCAUCGCGGAACGGUCACAGUGUAAUGAAUGCCACUGUACUGAAGGCAAAUAAAACUUUCAAUCAUUU